GUAGUAAAGUAUUGGGCAGAGAAAGGCAAAUCUGGAUUCUUGGUGUGGCGAUACCUCCUACGGCGUGAUGACCCUGCUCCUGCACCAUGGACAAAAGCAGGAAAGCUGCGUAUUAAAGAACUUGGACUUAAGAUGCAGUACCCUGAAGGCUAUCUGGAGGUUAUGGCAGAAAAAGAGAAAAGUGAACAAAAUGGAAAGAAAGGCAAAGGGAAGAGGUCUCAAGAUGGAGAACCAGAUUUAAAUCCUAAAAAGAAGAAGAAAUCAGCAGUGUUUCAGAUUCCUGAUGAUAUAAAUAAACUGAUAAAGGAAGAUAAGUUAAAUCAGAAACUAUGGAAUGAAUGUAAAGCUGUUGUGAAUGAGGGUCAACAGCCAUACUCUAUGUAG